AUGGCCUCAGUCCAAAAAGGGCACGUGGUAAAGGCAAUCCUCCGGACGCAUGACUGGCUCCCAGCACACUGCAGACCAAAUUGGGUCCUUGGCGACAAAAGUUGCUGUGGUUAUCUCUGCUUGGAGGUCGACGAGCUUGCAACGGUGAGCUAUGUGGGACGUGAUAACGAAGACGAGAGGGGCUGGCUGUAUGGCAGCCACAAUGACUGCGAUGGUUGGCUUCACUCGGACGCAGUGGUUCCACUAACCUUUCCAGAGCCGCCAGACUUGGACAGACUGUCCAGGAGACUGGCAAGGCUUCUCCGGUAUCCAGAUUCGCGCAUAGGGAAAACAGAAGAUGGAUGGGCGUCGAUGGAUCAAGUGAAGAAACUCAUGCCUCAUCCGGAGUGGAUCGAGCAUGUAGUUGCCGGAAGCAACAAGGACGGAAUCGCGCGCUUCGAGUUCAAUGAGACACGUGACAAAGCCGCAUGGUCCAUUGUGUUGACACAUCUUGUUCGAGGCCACAAGCCAUCGAUAGCUUGUUCAGGCCAGCUCAUUCGCGCGGCGACCCGCUCGUCCUUCAACGCGACCGUUGUCAAGACGACCCACCCCACAAUCCCGAAUACAGCCAUUGCCAAUGUGGCAAAGUGCUUGCGGGACUACCGCACACUCGAGCAGUUUGCUUGCAUCAGCACAAUCGCGAACAAGCAGACGCGCAGGAGAGACGAACCUGUGCUCUCGCAUGCGGGCACAAACUUUGUAGAAGCUGCACGUCCUCUUCUGGCAAUGCCGUCAACCAUGGCACUCCUCCUCUUCCGGAAUGCUGACCGUUUGCACACGGGAGAGGCGGCCUUAAGGAGCGAAAGAGGGCGCGGGGAGGGGCCGAGAGCUGCUUUUUGGGGCCCGGGUGCUACACGGAAGGAGCUUCUACAGCUGGCCGGCGAGGUUGUUGCUCCAGCGCGAGCGCUGUACGACGUCAUGCUGAAUCCGGUGAUGUCACUGGAUGAAGUGCAGCCAGGUGGCACCUACUUGGUGAAGGGUUUGGAGGCUUUCGAUCCGCCAAAGCUCCUCUUCAACCACCAGCCAGCUCAGGGGCCGUCACUGCGGACCUUGGCACGUGCUAAGCAAGCAGUGGCGGGAGACCGGGAUAUGGUCGAACAAUUCUCGCAGGUGCCAUCGCUGGCCUCACAGAAGACUCGUGCUUCCCUUGAUAGGGAGCCCUUGCCCACUGUGCAAUCGCCGCCCUGGCUGUCGCAGGAAGGCAUGCCAGAAGUAGAGCCGCGGAAAGGGCAAUGGCAGGUGGACGACUUCCUCCAGCACAAGUUGAGCUGGAGCUGCCAAGGCCCUCUUCACCGACACUAUCUCUGGGACCAAUGGACACCGGUGCUGCAGUCAUCGUACAACCGGCACCAAAAGCGGAUUGACCGCUUUGCGGCCACAUCAUCCAGCUGA